GAUGUGGGCCGUGAUGAGACGGAACUGACAGGAGUUCAAUGUUUAUUUACGUUCGGUGAACGAAUCGCGAAGUUUUUAUGUAUCUUCGUUUAUAAAGUGUGUUAUAAUGUGUCUGUGACAGUGACUGUAUUGCGCUAAGAUGUCAAUGCCCAAGAUUAAAACGGAACCUGAUUUGGAUAACCAAAAUUUCCGGUCCUCCACAUCUCCCCAAAUAGUCAAAACAUCAUCGCCUCAACAAGUGCGGCCCAUCGUCAGUGCUACGGUGCUAUCAAAUGCUGUCUUUCAGCAGUUACAGCAGCAGCAGCAACAACAACAGCAGCAGCAACAACAGCAACAGCAACAACAGCAGCAGCAGCAACAGCAGCAGCAGCAACAACAGCAACAGCAGCAGGACAGCAGUCAAGAUGAGGAAGAAAACUCGGCCGAUAGUAACCCCAUGUCUCCAAUGGAAGACCGAGACCCUUUAUCAAGCAAUAGCCCUCAGCAACAGAUAAUAUCCCUCGGAGGAUUAACUAAUGUUAUACCGAUUCAACAAGUUGGUAGUAAAGAUAAUAGUAACCAGGUAGCGAAUUCUAGUCCACAUCAAAUUAUAUCGUUAAGUAACCUGCAAAAUUUAAUACCAAUCCAACAAAUAGCGGGGAAAGACGGAAAAACAUUUGUGUCAACAGCAGGGCAAAAUGUUUCACCAGGGGUUGUGUCAAUUCAAGGAGUUCCUACUCAGCUUCUCCAGCAAAAUGGCGGCGCACAAAUUUUAUCAGCUGCUGCGGGCAAUGGACUAACUUACGUCCAGCCAACGCAAACAGUUACUGUCGAUGGCACAGAAACGUUUUUCAUUCCUGGUGCUCAACAACUUAUCAAUCCUUCUGCUGCCCAAAUGCUGCGGUCGGCCAAUCUACUUCAUAGUUUAGGUGGUCAAACAAUUCAAUUACAAACUGGGCAAAAUAUGUGUGUUCAACCUCAAGUAAUGCAGUUACAACAAACAGUGCCCGUUCAAGUACCUGUCUCUGCGAAUGGGCAAACCAUCUACCAAACUGUUUACUUCCCCCUCCAAGCUUUGGCCAGCAAUUUUAAUAGCCCAAGUCAAGUACAGAUGAUUCCACAGGUGUCACAGAUUCAGUCACCACAGGUUGCUCAGAUUCUCACCCCUUCUGGCCAGAUUCAAACUGUACAACUAGCCCAGUUGCCGAGCCAACAAAAUCAGCUCAUAGUCCAAGCUAGCCCCACGAAUCAAACUAGUACUAAUAAUGCGAAUGUUGCCACAAGUAGUGCCACAACAAGUAUGGGAGCCACAUCAACAGGCUCACCUUCAGUUACGGUGCAGCUAUCAAAUAUAUCACAGCUAUCUAAUCUCUCAAAUCUCUCCAACCUUUCUAAUCUGAAUAUUCAAACAGUGAAUAUUCCUGGGUUGGGUAAUGUGCAGCUUUUACCAUCUACGGAUCUACCAGUGGGAGCGCAACAACAAUUGGGCAUUUCUCAAUCCCCCACGGGACCUGUUGUUGUCACACCCAGGCCUCAAAAUAUUCACUUUCUGUCACCAGGUCAACAAAUUCAGCAAGAUCCCAACGAUCCAAAUCGGUGGCAGAUCAUAGGCUUUAAUACCCAAAAUGCAAAUACAGUUCAAGUUCAACCUGAGGUCUUGUCAGCUGCCUCGACACCAGUUCCUGAAGAAGAUUCUGUGGAUGAAAAACCCAGAACCAGAAGAGUUGCUUGCACCUGUCCCAAUUGUUGUGAAGGUGGAGGAAGAUCAUCAGAUAAGAAAAAAGUUCACAUAUGCCACAUGAUUGGAUGUAAUAAAGUAUAUGGAAAAACAUCUCACUUAAGAGCACAUUUAAGGUGGCACACUGGAGAAAGACCUUUUGUUUGCAAUUGGCAGUAUUGUGGGAAACGUUUUACGCGAUCCGACGAGCUACAGAGGCACAACCGAACGCACACCGGAGAGAAACGAUUCCAAUGUCCAGAGUGUAAUAAGAAAUUCAUGCGCAGUGAUCAUUUACAAAAGCAUGUUCGAACGCAUCAAAAACAAAGAGUCAUUGAAGCGGCAACUUCAACACAGCCAGCAUCGCAAGACGAAAGCUCUUCAAAUGAGGAAAAGAUGAUGAUCAUCCAGACUGAUUCUAAUGAUAAAAUUCUAAUGAUUCAGACGGACCCUGAUCAAAAUCAGGAAUUGACCAUAGUCGGUAUUUAACUACCUCAAUAGUUUCAUGACAAAAAUACCAAGGUUAACUCUUGUGCCAAUGGAUGAUCACCCUUCACGAUCCUCUUUCGGUCGAUGCCAUAUUUUUUUUGUCUGUCAGAAAUAAGUUGUUCCUAUGGAAUAUAGGGCAUUUUUUAAUCAAAAUAUAAAAUUUAAAAGGAAUGAUCAAUUUUAUACAGUAAAAUUUUGUCUUGACUAAUCUCUGGGGAGUGGUAAACAAAAUGUUUUCGACAGAAGCUUGCAGAAACUCAGCAUGUAAACUGCAAGAAUUACAGUAGGUGAAGGUGGGUUAUGGUAGUUACGAGCUUGUAGCUAGAAUUAAAAAGAUUGCACACUCAGUGAAUAUUCCCAUUGCCGGAAUAUUUCUUGGAUUGAAAUUCGUUACAAUCUCACAGGUUAAAUUUUAUCAGACUUUUUACUCUAAAAAGUAAGGGCUUCUAAGAUUGGCGUAAAAUUUGCUUUAAAAGGAAUUCCUUAUUUCAAUGUUAGCUGAAACAAAAUUUUACUGUGUUCAUCGAUUUCUGUAUAAGCAAAUUAUUUUCUCAGUACUUAUAAGCGUAGAAACCUAUUGUCAAAUCAAAAUUUUGUAUGUAUCUAGGUACAUAGACCAGUUAUGUAAUACUUUAAGUUGAUAUGUUUUUAUACUUUGUUCUACCUUGUACAGUUUUGUACAUAGCUUUAAACUUUAGUUAUGUUUCAUUGUAUAUUGUGUUUAUAAUGUUAGUUUACCUGCAUUUGCUUAUGUUUUAUACGUUUAGUAGUUAUUGAUUUUUACCAUUUUUUACGGUAUUAGCCAAAAAUUUUAAGUCUAUUUCAGAGAAACAAACUUAGAUCAUACCUUUUAUUUAACAGUAGCCCACAACAAAUUGCAAAUUGCUCUGUUUUUGUGGAUACCUUUUAAGAACCCCCUCUUUAGGUGGAGGUAGUUCUUAGGUUUGACUCUUAAGUAUUUUUUAAUCUGCUGAUUAUCAACAUUUUUUUUUAGAAAGUUCCUGCACUUUUAAUUCAAAACAAACAGCAUGAUUUACGUUACUAUAAAAUUUUUGUUCAGCGCUAUCGGGCCCCAUACUGUCGUCUCCUGCAAGAGGGAACAUAGCUCGUCUUUACUAUUUCAGUAUUUCUACGCUUAUUUUAGUUGUUUAUGAGAGAACCAUCGCACAAAGUCUGAAAAUUUCAGGCAAAUUCAAGUGAUAGUUCUCCCAUGAAAAGUAAAAUGUAAGAAUGAAAUAUGAUAAAGCGCAAUCGAGAUAAAUUCCCUCUUGUGGGAAACAACGAUACAAGCGUCCAUGGAUUUUAUAUGGGGUGUAAUGCAUCACUCUGCAAGGUAUAAGUUAAUUUCUAUUUCUUUUUUUUCUUUUCUAAUUUUUAAUGAAUUGAAUGUGACAAUGGCACUAGGAAGAAUAUUUCAGAGUUGCCAUCAUCUGCUUAAUUUUUAGGCCAUCGAGUUUAAAUUUUAAUGGAAAAGCUUGACUGAAAAGAAGAAAAAGUCAAGAAUUAUGUUCACAAAUUGUCAUCCUUGGGAUGAAUCUUUUGCUUCUGAUAUAUUCUUCUGUGGGCAAAUUUUUUUUUAAAACUCCAAUUGGGUCCUAUAGAUAAGUACCAAUUGAAACUUUCCAAUAUCUACAAUUUAGAACACUUCAUAUCUGAGAUGAGCUCCUUGUAUGUCAUUCUUAACGGACAUUUUAUUUCCUAUUUGCAGAAUAUCAGCUUUUUUCGUCCUUUACAUUUAAUUUCUCUAGCUGCAUUUUGAAAAAAAAAAAAAAGGAUUCUCCUGCUCAUGGCUUUAACAUCUAAAAGUUAGUUAAAAUUUGAAGACUGUAGAAUUACGUCCUGUUUUGUUGCGGAUAUUAACAGUCAAAGGAGUUGCAGUUCAGUUUUAAAAAACAGCCACAACCGAUUUUUUAGAACUCAUCAAUCCAUGUUUUAAUGUAGCAAAUUUUUGUUUUUGAGGUUUAGCUUUCUUUUUAGCAUUUUAUGGAAAUACUAAUUGAGUAAUUUUUUUAUUUAUUUAUUGUGAAAAAAGACUGAAACGCAGCAGCAAAACAGAAAAUUCUCCAAAAAAAUAUUUGUAAAGUUAAAAAAAAGUCAAUGUCAAAUUGAAUACCUACCUAUUCAGACUCAUGAAAAAAAAAAUUUCCUUCACAUUUUAUUUGAUACAUAGACGUUUAAAGUAAUACAACUAAAAUUGUUAUUGACCAAGUCGUGUAAUCUGGUUUUUUGAUAAAUAAAAAUAAAUUUCCUAAGAACUCUAUAUUUGAGUUCAAAAUUAAAACUCACUCGAAUAUCUCUUGGAUCAAUAAAGUCAAAUUUUUUUUUUAAGUCAAUUUCACACUUGUUAGGUAUUUUAGCAUCCUUAGCUGUUUAAUGGAAGUGGACCUUAAAGAAUUUUUAACGCACUAAUUGAGUUAAGAUUGAUCUUGAAGAAAAGAAUUCCGAUUAAUUUUUUAUUGUUGCAUGGAAUUACUUAUAUUCUUUGAGUCACAAAUAGUACCUGUCCUUCUGUUCAUUUUGAAAAAUAUCGCUUGUUCUUUUUAUUUGGCUGAAAUGUUUUUGUUUUCAUUUUUCAAUUAUUGACUCUUUAAUGAGCUUUAAUCUGCAUGAUUUGCAGCAGGCUUUUAAGUUUAGCAUGCUUUCUUGCCAUAUCAACUGGUUUUUCAUGUUCAAUCGAAUCUAACAUUUUCAAUCAAUCCAUGAAUUCAAUCAAUUUAUCGAUUUAAUCAAUUAAUCAAAUGCAUUUUUACCUUGUUUCUGUCAUUCGCAGUGCCACUAUUUCAAAAGAUGUUUCACCUUCAAUUUUAUGCAUACAAAUUGUUAAUGUGAAAAGUCGGGUAGUUCUGAUUAAUUUGUUUAGGAGAACGUUGAAGAGUCAAUGAAUUUUUUAUUGCUAAAUUUGUGGACACAUUGUCAAUUUAUACACUAAAACCAUUUCUUUGAAACUUUAGUCAAACUUAGAGGUAUCUCAUGGCUUUUUCAGACAAUUUAUCAUUGUUAGUUUGCGUAAGUGCAAAUUUUACUCACUGUGAAUGUGUUCUCUGUUAUCUUCAAGGUUAACACUUACAGAAAAUGAAAAUUGUUUGUCAUACUGAAAAUUAAGAGCGUUAACAUCUUUUGUGUUAAUCUACAUGGAAGACUUGUCCCAACGAUGAGCAAGCUUUACUUUUCAUGUAUCAUUCAAGGUUUAGAUUCAUUAGUCCUCUCCUAGAACAUCUCAAAAAUUAUUUUGCACAACGCAAACAAUGUUUUUUCUCACCGAUUUUAUUUGUUUGAUGACUGAAUAUGAGUCUUAAGAAUUAGAUUGAUUCAUUCCGAGAAAACGAAUCACAAGUUAGUCAUGGUGCUAUUAUUGAACGAAUGUAUUCAGUGGCGUAGCAUGGUCUGCGUAGCAUGGUCUAGGUAUUUUAUUUCAUACUGCGGGGAUUUUUUUUUUCCAUGCUAUUUAUUUUGUUCCAUCCAGGAAUAAUUCAUUGAUCGUCAUGCAUUAUUAGAGUUGGUAAGGAGGAAUGAUGAUCGCAAAUAUACGCUGAAGCAUCUGAAAAUUAUCGAUAGUUUCCUUGUAUUAUUCCAAAUCAGAAACAGUACGGAGAAAAGUAAAUGAAUACUUUUUUAGACAGCCAGUAUAAAUGUGUUUCAUUUGAGCAGGAAAAUAUUUAUGUAAAUUAUUAGAUUAAGAUCAAUGAUUAAAAUUUUACCACCGUGGUCGAUUUUCAUGAGGUUUAAAAAGGGGUGUGUAGAAAAUAGGAAGGGGCGUGGGGUGCUGGAAUAGAAUGAGGGAUAUUAACAACCAGCCUUGUUAUGCCACUGAAUGCAUCAGACUCCUAAGAACAUGUUAAAUUUGUCGCUUGCUAAAUCUAACUGAACAAGGGUAUCACUAACAUCUGAAGUAUUACUUAAUUUCUUGUUUAUCACUGUAAAUUGUCAAUAAAUGCACGGUUUCUUUUUUA